CGUACGGACGAAAUAUCCCUCGGCCGCUACUCGUCCGGGAGAAGAGAAAGAAAGGAAAAUUCUGUUGGGAGAGCGAGUCGGAAAGGAUUCGGUUUCGAUUUUUCGGGUGCGGGACCCGGCGACCGCGAGUGAAUCGGUGAAGGCGGCGGCGGCGGCGGCGGCGGUGGCGAUGGUGCCGGCGAGCGGAGGAUAUUAGAUGAAGGGGAUAGGGUUUGGGUUUGGAGGAGGAGGAAGGGGAGAAAUGGAGGAGAGCGAGCCCGAGGAAGGGGAGGCGCGCUCGGGAAAGGAGGAAGAGGCCUGCAUCGAUCCAGACGUCGAUCUUUCGUAUAUUGAUGAGAGACUCCAGGAUGUCUUGGGUCAUCUUCAGAGAGAAUUUGAAUGUGGAGUUUCUGUAGAGAACUUGGGGGCAAAGUUUGGUGGAUAUGGUUCAUUCUUGCCUGCUUACAAGCGUUCUCCUUCCAUGUUGUUUCAACCUGGAAGCCCACCAAAGGACCCUGGUGGCACUGUUGUCAGAUCUCUUCAUGGUUCAUCGUUUGAGGGUGCAUGCAAUGACUCAUCGAUUCAAACUGACGCAUCUAUCUCCAAAAAGUCUUCAACUUCAAUUAAAAAUUUGGAUUUGGGAGAUUCAGCUAGAAAGGAUGUUUCCACAACUGCAACUACAACUGGAAAUCAUAUUGAAGAUAAUGGCUCGAUCAAUAAAGGAACCAAAGGUGCUAUCCAGAGUACUUUGAAGGUUCGCAUAAAAGUAGGACCAGAUAACAACUCUGCUAGAAAUAAUGCUGCCAUCUACAGUGGCCUGGGUCUUGAGUUCUCACCAUCCUCAUCCUUAGAGGACAGCCCAGAAGGAAUCAAGGAUAUUCUUGAAGAUGGUAUAACCAAUGCAUCUCCUAGGGCCAUUCUCCAGAUUAUGACAGGCUUUCUGAUUUCGGAGGGUUGUUUUCUCUCUCCCCUACAAGAAAAUCUACUGAGGUUGACAAUAGCAGGGAACCACUUAAGUGGACAUCGUAAAGGGGAUUUUCCUGUUAAGAGCAUUCCUGAGUCAAUUUCUAUUUCAGGUCAGUUGAAUUCACCUCUAAGAAGCACGGAGAGCUGCAGAGAGACUGCCAUGAAGCUUCUUCCAAAAAAUAUACAAAUUGGAGGAAAUAAAUCCAAGCUGAAUAAUGAUAAGAUUCUGGAGAAGAAAGACAAUGUUGAAACACCGGAAGGCCAGGAUCUUACUUUUCAAACCUCAAGUAGCCCUCUUCUGUUAAAUUCUGGGACUGCUGAAUCUGAAAUAAGGGUCAGAGAAAUUGCUUCUAAAAUUCAGGAAGACUCUGUCAAAGGCACUAAGAAGACCUUUGUUCAGCAUACUGAAUCAAGUAGAAUGUCGCUGAAUGACCACACUUUUCAUUCCAGUCUAGGCAAUAGGAACUCACCCGAAUCAAAAAGAAGCAUAGAAAGUGAUGGCAAUGUUGAUUUAAAAGAAAAAGCUAUUUCUAUUAAAGUGAAGCCUAGCCCUAGAAUAAAUUUGACUAGGGGUGAGUCUCUUUCUUUCUUGCAGAAAGAAUGCAUGGUCGAACCUGAAAAUGGUAUCAAUUUAAAUGAAGUAGAAAUUGGUGGACCUAAAAUUUACAAAGAUCAUGUUUUUGGAACUAAUGAAUUCAAUAAUGCUCAGAAGACAGAAAAACUCUCUGAAAUCAAAGGAAAAUUGAAAGCGACUGCUGCAAAUGCUACAUCAGUAACUGAUCCCCAAAAAGAGACCAUGGUUUCUUUUUCUUUGUUGUCAGGAAAAGAAGAAAAGAAGUUAUUUGCAAGGGGUGGUACUGCUGAAGAUAAAUCCAAACGAUCCAAAUCAUCCAAGGAAUCACUUCAUGACUAUCCCAAACAGUUACAAAGAGAGAUUGCCUGUGAAGGAAUGGGUGAGCUAGUGGCUGAUAGAAGGGAGCAUAUUGGUAAGAAUAGAAGAAGGAAUAUUAAGAUAGCAAAGAAAAAGUCCAAGGUGAGGUCAUUUGAUAAAAAGUCCGGUGCUCUUUCAAGUUUUGAAGUACCUAUAGAGACACGCACAGAUGCUCUGAUUACUGAUCCCUCGGCUACAGAUCCAGCUGUUGCGGCUGGCCCUAUUGUAAUUAAGGAUAAUUGGGCCUGCUGUGAUAUUUGUGAAAAAUGGCGCCUUUUACCAAAUGGGACAAAUCCUGAUGAUUUACCGAAGAAGUGGACAUGCAGUAUGCAGUUUUGGCUGCCUGUUGGAAUGAACCAUUGUCACAUCAGCGAAGAUGAAACAACAAAUAUUAUGAAUCCACAAUGCAGUAGUUCUCUCCUUGACAACAAUUCUAUUCUUGGCUACUCUGUUCCAUCAACAUCUUCGGCCACUGUUCAUGUAAAUCAAGUGACCAAUCAGAUAGGUUCAAUAAUUGACACAAACUACAAUCAGGUGAAAAGGCUAAGUGAUACUUCCAUGGAAACGCAGAAAGAAAAGCUCAAGGGGAUGGGAAAAAGUCUUCAGUGCUCUUCAAAUGGAGUUGAUAUUAGACCAGGCAAGGAUUCAAAAUUGAUAAGCAAGGGAUUGAUCAAUUCAGACAUUUCCAGGGAUAAGAAGAUUACAGGUCCCGAUGGCUUCCAUCUUCUCAACAAAGGUGGGAAAUUAAGCCCUAAUUUAACUGCAGAAGUAGCUCCCUACUUUUCGAGUGGUUCCUCUGCUACUGAUUUAACUGGGAAGCAGAGUGGGGAAAUUGGAGAUAAAUUUUUGAGUAACUCGAUGAGGGACUUAAAGAGCAGUUGUUCCUCACAUAAUGGGACAAUGAAGACACAUCUACGUGUUAAUAUUGGGCAACAAUUUAAACAAGCUGGUGCCAUGGAUGCUCGAAUGUCUGAUAACUCUGUAAUUCCUGUUAAGAAGAGGAAAGCAAGAGAGUGGCAUGACAUCCAGAAUAAUCAAGAAACUGCAACGAGAAGAAAGAAUCUGGGUGAAAAGAGGGUCAUUCUUGCGGAAGAUAACAGCGGAAGUGUGGAAAAGAAGGAAAAUAAGGGCCAUGCAUCAAACUAUACAGUAGAAGAGAAUAGGAGUAAAAUGACUCGUGCAUUUGGUAAUUCAGAUGAUAAAACCAGAAGAACUUCUAGAACUGGGGAACUGUUUAUUGAUGGGAUGGUGGAUAAUCAAGUUGCUACCGUACAACGUUCAGCUGGAGGUAACUCAAGUUCUUUAAAAUUGUCUAGUUCAGGUUGGAAUAAAGCUAAUUUCCAGGAAUCACGAGGUUCUCUUCAAGAAUCUGCUUCUUUAUCUCCUUAUAGGGCUCAUAGUUCUGAGAAGCAUUCUAAAAUACAAAAAUCUGUUGUUAAGACUGAUUCUAAAAAUUUAGGAGCAUCUGCCAUUAAAAAAUCAAAUAGAUGUUUGGAUGGGGAAGUUGAUGGUAAUAUGAGCCAGCGCUUGAAAAGGAAGCAAAAAGGUUCUUUAAGCCAGCAAACAUCACCAGGAAGCUAUCUGGCUUCUAAAUCGAGGGCUUUGAGUUCUUCGGAUGGGGCUUGCAAUGAUCAUGUUAAGGAAUCAUUUAUCCCAGAUGGUGCCAAAGAAAAAGGUGGAAUACCUUCAAGUAUGCUUUGUUGCGGUGUUAGGGGUAGUCUCCUGCCCAAUGAAGUUGGUGGAAUGAAUGUGGUAAGCUCUGUGUCAACCAUUCAUGACCAUCAUGACAAACACCUUAUUGAAAACCCUGAUAAAAAGCCAUUCCAAAAUCAAGAUAAAUUGAAUGAUUCCGCUGGGAAUGUAGAAGAUAUUGAUAGUAGUCAUUGUGGAGAAAGGACCGUGAUAUCUGAGUCAAGUAAGAGAUUAUGCUUGAGGGAUACAAACAACACAUCUGAAUGUGAAUUCAAUAAAGGUAAGAUGAAGAUAUCAAAAGUUUUUUCUGAACAAGAGGAACUUCAUUCUUUGAGGAAUGACAAGCAAGGCACUCCAAAUCAAGGUCCUCGUUUGUUGUCAAGCGUGAAAGCAGAAGAGUUAGAAGUUUAUCCUACUAGCGAAACAGUGAGUGGUUUGCUGGAAUUGGACAAACUGGCAGAGGCUUCCGAUAACGGGAAUGUUGCACGACAUAGUAGUUUGAGGCGUGAAAAAUGUAAUGAGCUUGUUGGCCAGCGCCCUUUGGGAAAAUGUGCAGCAUCAAAUGCAGCUCUUGUGGCUAUGAAAGAUGCCAAAGAAUUGAAGCAUGCAGCAGACCGAAAGAAGAAUUUAGGACAAGAACUUGAAGGGACUGCUCUCUACUUUCAGGCAGCCUUGAAAUUUUUGCAAGCUGCUUUUCUUUCAGAGCCAUCCAGUGUUGUUAACAUCAAGUAUGAGGAAUUAGAUGAAUCAUUGAAAACUUACACUCAGACAGCUGCCUUAUGCGAGUUUUGCGCACGUGAAUAUGAAAAAAGCAAGGACAUGGCUUGUGCUGCAUUGGCAUAUAAAUGUAUGGAAGUGGCUUAUUUCAAGGUUGCAUUUUUCAAGAAUUAUGUUGCGUCAAAGGACUGUCAUGAACUGGAAGAAACCAUGCAGACAUUUUCACAAGAUGACUCGCCUUCGUCUUCUGCUUCUGACCUCGAUAACUUGAAUCAGCCGGGUGCACUAGGGAAGGUUACUUGUUCAAAGGUUGUUAAUUCUCUUCAAAAUACCGGUAGUCAUGCUAUUGCAUCCAGGCCUAGCUUUACCCGGUGGCUUGACUAUGCAAAUGUUUCAAUAUCUGCCCUUGAAGCUUCAAGGAAGUCUCAGAUUGCACUGUCAAUGGCUUCUGCCAGCCUUGAAAAGAAUGUUCGUGACAGCAUUGCUGCAGUAGAAGAAGCUCUAAACUUCAAUUUUCACAACGUAGAAGAAUUAUUGAGGCGAAUAAGAGCUGCCAUGGAGUCUUUUAAUCAUUAAGCUUUCAGGAAGCUUUCUCAAAGAUAUUGCACCUCACUGAUAUUGCAUAGUUUACAAUAGAUGGAUUCUGUGCUGGGUCCCUUUAUUAAACGAGAGCAUAAAAGGAUAAAUUGGCUCCAAAGGAGCACUUCAACCCAGGCAAACAUGGGAGCACUAGCUGUCCUGCUGACACAUUUUUUUGAUAGCAUUGUUUGAGUAAAUGAAGUCUAAACCUCAAUUUUCACAAUAUAGAGGAAUUAUUGAGGCUUAUAAGACAUUCUAUGGAAUAUUUUAAUCAUUAAAGCUUCAAGGUAUCUUUUCCAUGGAUAUAAAUGCUUUAUAUGGUGAUUGCAUUUCAAAAUGAAAAUAGAUGGACGCUGUGCUGAUUCUGUCUACUCUAUGAGAGCGUGGUACACUUCAAUUUUCUUGAGAUCAGCAUCAGUUGUGGAAUAUUUACACAAAUUUGGUUGGCAAGUUGAACUAAAGUGUGGCUUUUUACAUGUAAAUGGCUUAGAUUAUUGACUGCUAACUGCUGGAUUGUGCUGGGUGAUGCUUAUAGAAGUAAUUUGUUCUUCAGCUUCAUUGACUUGAUGGAGAACGGAUUAAGAUUCCUGAGGUUAUUGGAGGUUGUUGAAUUUUAGAUGGUUGACAGAACUGUCCUGCAAAGGAUCUGAGAAGAAUUCUUGUCUCCUAAUUGGACAUGAAAUAUGUUGAUCCUAAACAGAGAUACUGAUCAACCAAUGCUUAUUUUAAUCUUGUCAUUUCAAGUUUAGUUGGAUGCAGGCUGAAAUCAUCAAUGCAUCAGCAUCAGAGUGGCAAGCUACGGGUAUUUUGGAUUAUGUUAUAGAAGAUUCUUUAAAUAAAGCUCUAUUUUCUGGAAGAUUGUUCUUUUUCAUCUUCAAAAUAAUAUAUGUUGUGCUGUUAAUUUUCAUUAAAUUAGGGUUGGGAUGAUUCAGUUUUGUUGAUGAGGCAGAGUUGAUUAAGAUUGACUUUUGUGAGUGAUUCCUAUUGCGGGUCAUUACCAUGCAGGCAGAAAUUCAAAAGAAUGGCUGUUUGUCUAACUGCUAUUCCUAUUGAAACUCUUAGAAAUUGUCCUUCAUUUGUGCCCGAAAGUUUUGCUAAGAAAGAUCCACGACAACAUUAGCUGGGAGGUCAUAAUCUCUUUUGUAUGCUGUUCGAUUCUGACCCUUUGUGCAGGUAACUUGUGCAUAUCAAAAGAGAGGCUAGUUCUACAUCAGAUCAAUCUCUUCUCAAUAAUCUAGCAUAUAAUUCUGAUCUGUUUGAGUCACCGUUUGAUUGGACACAGAAGCGGUUUUUGCGAAGCACUGAAUCCACUUUGGGUAAGAAAGCCUGUAUUUUGGGCUCUGAAGGUGGUUUCAUCAGAGGGAUUGAGAAAUUUUGGUGUUUGCACAUAUGUAGUAGAAUGCUUUUGUAGAUCCUAAGCUUAUCUUGAGAAGGGAAAUAAGCUGGAAUUUUUCAUGGACAUUGCAUAGUUUAGAAACAUAUAGGAUUAGCUUUCCCCCUUUAUCAAUAAUUGUAUUUAGGCUCUGUUAUUAAUUCUGAUGGCUGAGGUUUUCAGUGAUAAUAGCAAAGGAAAAUUUUGUUGCAGUGUAUAUGGCUCCAGAUUUAUACUUCAUAGCAGUUGUUUUGACCAA